AUGGAGGCAGAUAAAUGUGGAACAGAUGGAUAUGGAACUAAGAAGGUUUGUGAAGUUUUGCUAAUUGAUGAAACUGCAUAUUUAUUUGUUUAUCAAUAUUAUGGCAUGUUGCAGAAUAUUUACCGAAGCAUCAUGUAUUUCUGUCUUUCUCUGUGUGAAAAAGCAUUGUCUGAGUAUCUGGAAACAAAACGUCUAGCCUUUCCUCGUUUCUACUUUGUCUCGUCUGCAGAUCUGCAAGAUAUUCUUUCAAAAGGCACUCAGCCUAAACAGAUCUGUUACAUUACUCUGACCCAGUCACUUCACUUAACCAUGAGUGGGGCCCCAGCAGGCUCUGGUGGAACAGGCAAAACGGAAACCACAAAGGAUUUAGGGGUGAUGGUUUACGUUUUUAACUGCUCUGAACUGAUGGAUCAUAAAUCGGUAGGAAAUAUCUAUAAAGGCUUGGCACAGACAAGAACCUGGGGAUGCUUUGAUGAGUUUUACAGAAACUCAGUGGAAGUUCUGUCCAUGGUUGCUGUGCAAGUCAAAAGCAUUCAAGCUGCCAUCCGGAACAAGAAAGAACGAUUCCUAUUCCCGGGAGAAAACAUUACACUCAAGCAUUCAGUGGGAAUAUUUAUCACAAUGAACCCUGGAGAUGCUGGAAGCACAGAACUGCCUGAGAAUCACAAGGCUCUUUUCAGACCUUGUGCUAUGGUUGUUCCAGACAUUGAGUUGAUUUGUGAAAUAACGCUUGUGGCUGAAGGGUUCAAUGAUACUUGGCCCUUAGCCAGGAAAUGUAUUACCUUGUACACAUUAUGGAGCUGCUUUCCAAACAGGCAAGUUUCGAGGCGCUAG